AUGCUAUUGUUCAAAGCUUUAUCGUUUGUGCUUUUUUUUAACCUUGUCAUCUGUCUUCCAGAAAUCUUGGGGGUCUACCCAGCAGAUGACACAUUUAAUUACACUAUGCAAUCGCCAUCUGGAGCUGAUGAAAUGGUUGUCUCGUCUAUAACAGAAGUUUUAAAAUCUUUUGUUAUUCAGCAUGAAAAAAUAGAAAAUAGUAGAUCAUAUACUCAGGAAUUUAACGCGAUGAUGAAGGACGCUGGAUCUUAUGUUGUGUUCUGGUUAGAAGGUUUAAACGCUGAAACAAAUACUACACAAUCAUCUGCGCUUAAUAAUGCAACAAACGUGCUUCGUUAUCAUCUGCCUAUUUAUGGUCACCGUGAAAGAACUCUUUGUGAUUAUUACAUUGAGAGUUUUGUCUUUUGCUUUUGUGUAUGUGCUCUUUCUCGAUUCGUAUGGGUGCUUAUUAGGCGUCUGUUAAAGGCGGUCAGCAAAUUUGUCGUAGACGCUAUUAUGAGUCACUUCAAUAUAGCUGCUAUUGAUAACAAAAAAAAAGUAAAAAUAAAAGCAAACGAAGGGUUUUUGUGA